AUGAACACAGGUGCACUAAAUGCACAUGCAUUUAGACAUGAUCUAUACAUACACAAAGAACAUAAAAAAUUAGGGCCAAGAAUGCAAGCAAUGUUUAAAGUAAGUUUUAUGGGUUUCCUCGAAAAUCUUAUCAUAGUUUUUUGUCAAGACAACUUUGCAUGCCUACAAAUUUACUUUCUAAUUACCUUGCCUAUUUGUUUAGGUUUUUCUGAAUACGAAUUUGUACUGGAGGAAGAAUUUGUGUUCUCUCUAGUGAACAGUGAAACAAAAGUGGCAAUAAUGGCGGUGGGGGUGGAAGCAUUCCUGCGUGGAGACAACUUUGUUCGCUUUCAGAAAAGGCUCUCUCAUAGUUUUUCAGUUAAAGGGGGUCGCCAAAAUAGAAGGUGCCACAAAGCAGUUCAGACAGAUGUCUACGUGGAAGAAGAGAGCCCUAUGGAAACAUCUGAUAUGAAGUUUAUCAGAUUGCAGCAAAUACUCAAUUUUAUCCCUCAUAAAGGUGGGUUAAUAUGGAGGAAGAAGAAUAGGAAGGAACCAACGCAAUCCAUGAAAUAG